GGGACGAUGUGCUGUGGCGUGAUGUGUAAAGGGGGUUUAUAACUCGUGUUUAGUCGACAAACCAUUGGAUUUUCGGGGUAUUGUCAAUCCUCGUGCGGCUUAAUUCUCAUUCAGUUGUAGAUUAUCAUGAUACGUCCAGUGAAUGCCACUUGAGUGCUCUUGAGUGUCUAAUCCCGCUUCUGCAUUCCCGUUGAUCCUAGCAUUUCAUCGUUUUUUUUUUGUUUUACGUGUUGUGUUUAGUCAAACGGGUAUUGAGAAUUUUGUAAGCUGAAUUAACGCCGUUGUCCUCUGUGCUGGGGUAUGAUUUCCAUUGUUUGGUGAUGGAUGAGCCGAGAGGAGGGGGAGGAUGUCACGCCGCAAACAGAGCAAUCCAAAGCCCCUGAAACGGGAAGAUGAAGAAUGGAGCGAUUCGGAGAAGACCCCGUCGGUGAGCAGCGGAGUGGACGGUCCGGGCUCGGCCGUGUCGAGUCCAGCCCCGGCGAAUCCGGAGGAAGACAACAGCCUGCCACCACCCCCAAGACUGAGUAUCCCCCAGAACCUCCUGGGGAACAGCAACCCUGAAGACUUUCGCUUCCGCCUGUCGAGCCUCUCCGAAGAUGCCAGAAAGCGGAUCAACAGUCUCGCCGAGGACUUCGAGGGUCUCAAACGGGGGAUGAAAUCGCGAAGUGGUCGAGACUCCUCGAGCCCGAAGCCAGCGCGGCCGGACCCAAAGACCGGUUCACCCUCCCCGAAGGAGAUCGACCACCGCCCGCGAAGAAGAGACACCCGCAGGUCCUCCGACGACUCGGUCCGCUCGGACGACCCCGACCCGAAGAAACUCCGUCUCGACGACGACUGCAUUCCUCGCCUGCGGCUGAACGCCAGCCUCGCCACCGACCCGGCGCUUCGUCCGGCCACCGUAGCAGCCCUCACCAUCAAACCCGACAGCAUAUCACCCCCGGAGCCGCGGGCAGAGCCCACCCCACCUCUCCCCCCAGGUCUCCAGAACGCGAUAGCAGCGGGGCGCCUCUUCGUCCUGCCAACCGAUGGAAAAGAGUCCAUAACAGUCGAGCCUUCUCGCCCGAUGCCGCUGCUCUGCCCGCCCUGCGGCAUCCGCUUCUCCUCCGCGAGCACCCUCGAGGCCCACCGGACCUUCUACUGCGCCCACCGGCCGCGAAUCGACGAGGAAAGUGCCAACGACGACGACGACGAGAAAUCCACGAAAUUCGAGGUCCGAAAGGCUUACGCCUGCCCCCACUGCUCGUACUCGGCCGACAAGAAGGUCUCCCUCAACCGACACAUGAGGAUGCACGCGUCGUCCCCGGCCCCCGCACCCCCGGCGCCGUCGCCCACUAUCCAGACAGCCCCCACUCCAGUGAUAACCAACAAUACGUCGUCGAACGGAUCGCUGAACGAGGAGGCCGAGCGUUACUGUCGCAAUUGCGACAUCAGGUUCAGCUCGCUGAAGACUUAUCGAGCACACAAGACCCACUACUGCAGCACGAGGCACGUCGUCAAGGACACGCCGACACCGGUGUCCUCGGCGAAGGGAUCGCCACCGGCCAGCUCGAGCCCCGGGGAGUCGCCACCGCCUCAGCCAUGUCUUGCUCUGCCGACCAAUCCCAUUCUCAUUGUUCCGUGCUCUCUACUGAGGGGCGCCUCGGUCCUCGCUGCCCCCUCUUUGCCGGCCCCCGACACCGCUUGCUUCCUCCUGCCGAAUGGCUCGCUCCAGCCCAUGACCAGAGGACUCACCGCCAACUCGACCGAGAGCCCGCAGGUGCUCAGGGUCGCCAACAAGAGCGCAACUCCUGCCAGUGUACCACCGGCUCCUGUCACUCCCACGUCGCCGUCGUCCACUGGCUCAUUCCCGCUGGAUCUCAGCAUGAGGCGGUCUCCGGUGCACCAGGACGAGAAGGAGAACAGGGUCUCCCCCGCUCCCUCUUCACUUCCGGCGCCCCCCGGCAGCCCCAGGUCCCGGGGAAGCGUCAGUCCGAGAACUAGGUCACUACCCUCCAGCCAGAGCUCCUCGGCCAUGGGCUCUGUACCCCCCACGGAACUUGCGUUGAGGCUCGCAGAACUCCCUCCGCCUCCUGUGCCCAGUGUUCCUGGGGUACUCGUCAAACAGGGGGUCAGCAGGUGCAAAGAGUGCAAUAUUGUCUUUUGCAGGCAUGAGAACUUUGUCGCGCAUAAGAAGCAUUACUGCCAGGCCAGGGAGAACACUGUUUCUAGUCCACCACCUACUGGUACACCUUCGCCACCACUUGUGCAGCUCAUUUGCGCUGCUUGUGGCAUCAAAUUCGCUUCCAUGGAUAAUUUGGUGGCACAUCAGGCCUUUUAUUGUCCGAAGAGACCUGAGAGCCAGGAGCAUCAUACUAGGUGCCCGAAGUGUAAGACGACGAUUGAGGCGGGCAGUACGCACACGUGCUCGAGUGGCCCGACAGGUGGGUGGAGGUGUCCAGUUUGUGGUGCUGUUAGUCCGACAGCAGGCGCCGCCCAGCGUCACAUGGAUGCUCAUCAAGGUGUCAAGGCAUUCAGGUGUACGAUAUGUCGGUACAAAGGGAAUACACUCAGGGGAAUGAGGACACAUAUCAGAAUGCAUUUCGAAAAACGGGGAACUGAUCUUCAGGAAGAAAAUUACAUUACGUGUGUCCUGGAUGACGACGCAACAGUACCAACCCCCGAGCCAGCUCCAGCGACCACCCCCGAGGAGAUUCCCACUGAAGUACAAGUAAAUGGCAAAAGUGAAUCACGCAAGAGUCCACUCCCCGCAUUACCAGCAUUACCACCACCCCCACCGCCGCCGGUACAGCAGUCAACGACACCCACCGCUGGUGGAAAAGUUAAACAGGAGAGGGAGGAAACACCACCCCCGGAGGAGAGCCUUGAUCCGAACAAAACAGGACCGAGAUACUGUCGCUCUUGUGACAUAAGUUUCAAUUACCUUAGUACAUUUAUUGCACACAAAAAAUUCUACUGCUCCAGUCACGCUGGUGAAGCUAGUAACAACAAUAAUAAUUCAAACAGUAAUAAUAAUAAUUCGAAUAGCCACACUACGACGAGCCCUUCGAGCAGGACCGAGGCUUCUGUACUUUAAAUUUUGUUUUCGUGUUGAACUGGGGAAGUGCAAUUUCAAACCUGAAAUUACACUAUUUCAAACGUUAAAUUAAAUUAUUUCAA